UUGAGUAACGACAAAGACAAACUAGUUUUUUGUUACAAAUUGUCACAAUUUGUAACAGUAUUUUAACUUUUAUUAUUUUAGUUGUACUUUUAAAACGUCUCACUAGUUACGUUUGUUCUAUUUACAAUGGAAACACACAAAAAAAAACCGACUAAACGUAAAUCUGUCAAAAAUAACGUCACUAUUAAAAAAUCCGAAACCAGGUCAACUAGUAAAUAUGCUACAAGAUAUGGUGGUAGGAAUCCUUCCAAAAUCAGAAAAUACACAGAUACCACUGGGCCAAAUUCUACCAAGUCCAAUGCAUCGAAAAGGUCAAAACGCCGAGAUGAAGAACUAAUGUUGUGUGAUGAAGACGAUCCCUCGUCGUGUGAUGAUUGUGAUGAUUACGAUGAUAAAUCUUGGAAAGAUAGUGAUGAAAGUAGUGUUUCUAGCGUAGAGUCUUUUGAUGAAAAUGUAAGUAGUGCGGGUAGUUCGAAAACAGUAAUUAGAGAGCUUAAACCUACGAGGCCUACAACUACUGAACAUCCUGUAAACAAUCAUAUUGAACGCAAACUUGAAUUCCCAUCUGAACAAGCCAUUGUAUCGUACAUGGUCAAAAACGUGUUGACUGGUCAAGCAACAUAUAAUUCGAUCAAAAAUUGUUCAUAUACUAUUUUGUCUUAUAAUAAAAAUCUGGAAGAACUGAAUGCCAGUCAAUUCGAAGAUAUGGUUACAGAAAAAGUUGCCGAAAUAUUUAUGGAACGCAGUCAUUUAUGUCAGCAAUUUCAUGAGGCUAGACGUAUAAAGAAUGUUCAAAAAAUUUGGAAAGAUAAAUUCUUAACACUACAAAAGAGGACAACAUUACUUCAAAAGCGACUGGCAAAUUUAAAAAUCAAAUCAUGCUUCAAAGAGGUAUCUGUGAGAAAUGUUGGAACACAGCUAGAUUGGCCGUAUCUCGAUGAAACAAUAAAUAUAACCACUGACAUAAAAUGUGAGCCUAGUUCACCUACCUAGUUCUAACACUAUUAUAAUGUGUUUCUAAGGAUUAAUAUUAGAUUUGUACAAUUUAAGUGCUAGAUUAUUAAAGUAAAAGAUUUUUUUAUGAGAAAAUUGUUUGUUUUGUAAUUACUUACAUUAUUUAUUAUGUAUUUUUAAAUGACGCGCAGUAAUUAUAUUUUUUAAUGUAAAACAAAUCACGUGUCAAACUUGAACAAGAAUAAAAAAAUAUACUGUAAACAUUAUAGACCCUAAAUUAUGAUUAUUAUAUACUAAUAUUAUAACUACUAGUUUAGAAUUGAAAACCACACGCACUGAAUAUUUAAGAUUUGUAAACAUUAAUCAUUAGUUCCUAUUAUUUCAAUUUAUAAUUUAGGUUUUUUUUUUUUUUACAGUAGCAAUAAAGUAUUUUUUAUGUAUUAAUUUUAAACUAAAGAUCAAAAUCAUGAUUAGCGCAAAAAUUGUAUAGUGAAUUUUUAAGAGGUUACGUUAUAAAUAAAUUAAUUUACCUUAAUAUUGCCUU